GGCACCAUGUUGGCGAUUAAGUAUAUGGGCAGGCCGUACGAUGGCAACGGAGGAACUGUUGUGCAGACUGCGUCCAUAGCUGCUUUUAUGGGAAAUUUGUUUAUAUGUCCAAUAUACAGAUCUACAAAACGGGCCAUCGUAGAAUUCACCAGAGCGAUCGGCGACAAGAAAUCAUUCGAACAUUUAAACGUCAGAAUUAUGGCGCUGUGUCCGGGAUACGUAAGGACGCCAAUGAUCGAAGGCGACAGGUCCAGUGUGUACUUGAUCAAAGAGUACGGUAAAAAAGCAAACGAAAUGGUGGCCACGUUACCGGUGCAAAUACCCGAAAGUGUAGCAAAAGGGUUAAUCGAAAUACUAAAACACGGUGAAACCGGCGACUGUUGGAUAGUGGAAAACGAUGAAAAACCGCGACCGGCUAACUUACUCGACAUACCGUACUGAUGAAACUAUAGAUUGAUAAUGAAUAAUCAUAGAAUUUUUAUCGAAUUUGAAUUUAUAUAAAACAGUUAUUAUUAAUUUUUCAAGUAUAAAACGGAGAG